AUUGUUCCUGCCAUACAACAUGGCUGCCGUGCAAAAACCUCUAUAGCCAACAGAUUCCUAAUCAAAAUCAUUAGGGUCAAGCUACAACUCAACUUUUAAUUAAAUCAUGUGAUCGUCAUGUUGCUACAAAUAUUGCUUGAAACAUUUUUGAGAUAGCAUGCAAAAUAUGCAUAGGUGCAAAUCAACAAUAACUGAACGGUAACAGAAGUGUAACGUCAUUAAAAAAUAUUCACUGUUAAUAAAACAAGGAAAGGAGUUUUUAUUUUUUGCUCCUCCCUGAGUCUGAGAUGUUAGAAGUUAACCUAUCAUGGAAAUGCCCUUGCAUCAGAAUUAUUUGAACUCUUUAGUCAGGUUACUCUUUAAAGGGACAUAGUCAGCAUGCACUAACUGAAGAAUAAGCCUGUAAAGCAAAAAACAUUUUCGAGAUAGCAUGCAAAAUAUGCAUGGGUGAAAAAACAACAGUAACAGAACAGUGACAGAGGUGUAACUUCAAUAAAAAACUACAAGAAAAGGUUCUGACUUUCUACUCUUCCCUGAGUCUGUGAUGUUUUAAGUGGGUUUCGACAAAACACUGACCCCCGGUCAACUGACCCCCCUACUGACCCCCUACAAAAUCAAUGGGAAAAUGAAUACUGCUUACUUAAGCCUCAACAUCCCUUUUUAAACAGCAUUGUUCAACAGUAUUUAAGUCGAAGCACCCAUUUUAAAAAGGUUAGUUUUCGAUUAUUGUUGUGAUGGCCGAUUACUUCAUGUAAGCUAACCUUUUUAAAAUGGGUGCUUAGACUUAAAUAUUGCUGAACAAUGCUGUUUAAAAAGGGUUUUUGAGACUUAAGUCAGCAGUAUUCAUUUUCCCAUUGAUUUUAUAGGGGGUCAGUAGGGGGGUCAGUUGACCGGGGGUCAGUGUUUUGUCGAAACCCGUUUUAAGUAACCUAUCAUGCCCAUUUAAAGAGAUGAAUAGCCCCUUGCACCAUAUUUUAAUGCUUUAGCAAGGUUACUCUUGAAAGAGACGUAGUCAGUAUGCGAUGACUGAAGAACAAGCCUGUGAAAACAAGCUUUACUUUCAGGCAGGCUUGUUACUUCCCGUGUGUCAUCCAGCUGUAGCCAAAGUUGCUGUCCAUAUGGUGGCAAAACCUCCCAUCCUGUCCAAAACGACAGUAGAUCACGCAGACCAGAACCAGCUGCAAUGAGAAAACAUAACAAAGGCAUCACUAUAAAGCAUCUGAACAUGAAAUUCCUCCUAGGCAACAAUAUUCGUAAUGGCAAAUAUAACUUUUCAAUGCUUUCACUUUUACAUGCUCGGAAUGUUUACUUUUCUUUAGCAGUAAAGACACGAGGUGGCUAAUCACUGUUACCCUACAACUGAAAUUACAUCGAGCAAUGAAAAUCCUGCUAGUGGAAUUAUCUAUCCCCCAUACAGUGUUUGAGGAAUGAAAUGCUCAAGGAUAAAUGGCUUAAAUUCACUGGGGAAAGAAGAGGUACUGGAAGAAGAAUAGAAAACGUAUAGUAGACAUAGCUGAGGUAAUCACUUACCUUCUGCUUCUCUGCUAACUUCAUCGAUGAAGCGAUGCAAGAAUCCCAUGAUAACUUGCCCUUGGGGGUUGUUUUCAUCCUCGAUGGAAAUCCUACCCUUGAGUUCUUCUUUGUCAAUUACUGACUCGCAUUCCCUGGGAAACACGGCUGCGGCCAUUUCCUUGUGUGCCUUUAGGUAAUUGACAAGGGAAAGCUCAUUCAUUCCUGCAGCAAGAUCUUUCAGUUCACGGUGGCGCUUUUUGAUCACAUUGUGCAGCAUUAUCUGCAGGAGAACCAAGUGCCGUUUCUCUCCCCUUAGCGGCACUUGAAGUACUGACGCUUCAUCACGAUAAGGCAAGAGGAAUUCUUUAAGUGCAUCUGAGGGUUCUUCAUCCUUAUCAAGACUUGAUAACUGCAAAACCGUUAAAUUGCUAUGGUGUUGUGACUGAACAAUGAAAUGCUUCUUACGACAAAUUAUAAACUUAUAGUGUCAUUAUAGAUGUAUAUACCUAUUUGGAACACACUUGUGCUUUUUUUUUCAAAUAUAAACAGGACAGUACAAGUGCCAUAUCAAACAAAAAUUAACCAGAAUAAAUAUUGUUAGUAACACUAACAUGUUGCUGAAACAUUACACAGAAAUACGUAAGUAAUGUCUGUACAAAACAAGAUCAUCAAUGCGAGUACCUGCUUCAAGGCUUGUCGAAGGUCAUAAUCUGGGAUGUCCUCCAUGGUAACAGCUUCACUGAUGCUUUCACGAGUCCAAAAUUCAAGCACUGCUGGGGAAAGUCCAUAAAGUGGUGGUCCUCCAUGCAAGAAAGAAUGUGCAAUCAUCCGUCCAACACUAGUGUACAGUCCAGAAUUACACAGUAACGCAUUUGGGACUGGAAUUUUGUGGUCAGUCUGGCCCUCAAAUAACAUAGUCAGCCGCCCAGGAUCAUCCACGUAAAGACCAUUUUGAACAAAUGCCAUUAAUAUGCUAAAGAACUCUCUGACAGGUCCCUCGCCAACUGCUCUUUCAUUUUCAAAUUGCACUCGAAGGUUUGAGCGAAAACAUGGGUUGGCUUUCUUAUAAAUGGAUAAAACAUCUGCAGUGAACUCCUCCGUCAUCCGAUUUACAUAGAUUCUCAGUGGUGGGCCAUUUUCAUCCAGAGUUUCUUGUUUGUACUGUGCAACAGGGUCAGUACAGGUACUGACAGUACUUGAGGAUACAUGUGCUUCAAAUGGUGAUUGCAUGAGGUCACUGUCUUCUUCUGUACAGUAUUCAUUACCUGAGUCCCCACUGUUCAUUAGGGCACCUUGCAGAAGAAAUUGCAAAAAAGGGGAGUUCAGUAAAUUAUCUGUUAUGAGACUCUGUAAAGCUUAGGUCAUGUUAUAAGUAUGCACCUCUAAAUCGAAUGAAGGGCUCUUAUUUCAAAUGAAAUGAAAUAACAAUUUCAAAACCAAAUGAAAGAACAGAUAAGUAUAACUGUCUCCAAUGAAGGGUUCCAUGGUAAUCAGAAAAAUAAUUAUGUUGGAGCAAAAAAAUGCACGCAACCUUACCACUACACAAUACCAAGGACCUCUGCUUUGUUGUAAUAACAUCACAGACAGGUAAAGUUCAGAGAUCUACCAUUAUUCACAUUUAAGUAAUAAACUUGUAUAGGUAGCUUACAUGUCCCAGCAGACCACUGGAUAAGCCUUGAUGCAGCCACACUUUUAUCUCCUCCACUGUCUGCCAAGAUUGCUCGGAUAGUGUCUAUACUUUUGUCUGGAAAAAGUGCACUUAAUUCAGCCACAGCAUCAGAUUCCUACAAAAAAUAUUAAAAUAGUAAGGGCAUCCAUAUUCUGCAGGAAUACCAUUGAAGAACUACCAGCCACAUUUGUCACUAGGAUAAAAAUUAGUACUUCUUACGGAAACCUAUGAAGUAAUAUCCUUCAUUCCAUAAUCCAACAGCAGCAGUAUCGUUCACCUAUUUAUUACCUUUUUGCUAUAAUUUAGUGUCACCUUUACUACAUAAAUUGUUCACUUACUGGCUGACUGAUUGAAUGACUUACUACUUUUAAAACAUUUACAUCUGAUAGACAAGUGGUAAUGAUUGUUAUGCUAGAUUUCAAAACCUGCAUCACUGAAUUACAAAAUAAAAAUUACUGCGUUAUUGACAUUUAACGUAGUAUGAGGGUCAGUCACAACAUUUAACAUAAUCAUUAUUUUAUGUUACUCAAAUAAAUUGUAAUGGUCCAUUCAAAUAUCUGAAGAGAAAACAAAAAAUUGUCGAUCUCUUAAUUGUUGAUGUCAACACAUUUGCAAUUGUACGGGAAACAAUGUUUUUUAAACUUGAAGUGGAAAUACCUGGAGAAAAUCUUGAUUGCUCUCAGAAGGCAAUUUAUCCUGUGAGGUAGUAUUGGCCAUUGAUGGGAAGUAACACUGGUCUUCAAGAUCAUCCUGCUAAGUAAGUGGUGUGUUAAGUAUAAGUAGUGUAAGAAGUAUAGCAUAGUAAAUUUGUAAGUAUAAUAGAAGCGCUGUAAGUAGUGUAAGCAUUAAUCCUGUAAAUAAAAGUGCAUUGAGAAAAAAAAAAAAUUUUCCUACUAAAAAUGGAAAUAUAAUUCAAUUAUUAAUACACCACUAAUUUCUUAAUAUCAUUACGAUGUAAACUAUUCUAGAAUUUCGGCACCUGAAACAUUUACCUUAGCCGCUAGGUUGAGGAUGUUACAAUACUCAGAACACCUACAUUCUUCCACUCAAAACACAUUGUGUAACGACUAAACUGUACCUGACUAGAUGUAGAUGGCACCUCCAAGGGGAUGUCAUGUAAGUCAUCUGCAGGGCAGGCAAGCAUGUGCUGUUUAAUGGCUGUAACAGGCAUCAUGACUUUGCACUUCACACAUUCCACUUGAGGUAUAUUAUCUCCCACAUGAUGUGAAUCCUGAACACCACUUUCCUAAUACAGAGCAAGCCUUAUUAAAUUUUGACUUCAAAAUUGAGGUGGGUGCAGCACAUUGUAGGUUCUCUUUAUUUUAGAAUUGGUAAGAUUGAAAAAUGUUUAUGCGUUACAAACAACGAAAAUUGAAGGCUAGAUAUUUCAUCCUGAUUAAAUCUUGCAUCAAAACAUUCAGCCCCCAUUCAGCUCUCCUUUAGUAAUAUCUUAAGUUCUCAUGAAUUAUAUGGAAAAGGAUAGGGACAAAAACUGGACAUCAAAAUACAAUGAUUAUGUGGAGUAAAAUGGAUAGCACUUAACCUAAGUCUACAGGGGUUUCAAAUACACAAGGCCAGAAAUUAAAGACAACAACAAGUGGUGCAUCGCUAUUCAAGAUAUAGAAAGAUGCAAUUUUCAGGAAAAGUAGUAGGCGAGGUUUACAAUCUUGAGACACAAUAUAGACCUUUCAACUUCCUUUCCUGAACCUGACUGGCACCCCCCCCCCCCAAAUGCAAAUAAAUUAUACAGAAAACCUGGGGGUGUGCAGGGUACUUGUGUCAACAGUUUUGGAAACUAACAAACCAAAUUUCUCGUAGU